UCCUCCUCCUCCCCCUCUCGGGCUGCGGGAAUGGUUUAGCCCGCUGAGGGGGGAGAAGGACUGGGCGCACAAAGGAAGUGCACAUUCUGAUCAUUUUGAAGGGACAUAAUUGGGCGCGUGAUGUAAACAUGGAAUAACAUAGCAUUUAAAAAAAGAUCGCGGGGCAGCACCCCCCAUCUUUUUGUUUCCUCCCAUUCCACAUACCCAUUAAGGUAUUUGAAUAAUAUAUGAGGUGUUGGCUACAAACUGCGCGUGUGUCUGUCAUACAAACGGGAGGCGGUGAGUGGAGAGGAGGAGAGGAGUUCAGCUUUGUUUCAUCCUCGCUUCGGGGUUUUCUGGAGUUGCUCGCUGAUGUUGGGUUAUUUAAACUGAUCAAGACGACGGGUGAAGGUCUUCUGGAGCUUCUGGACCCUAAAAUGACAAAAGAAGACCAACAUGUUCUGAUCUAAGGCAGACGCGUCUCCAUGGGUGAGGCCCACUGAUCCAGGAAUCCCUGCACACUGCCUCCACCCCUCCCCGCCCGCCCCCCUCCGCAGUCAUCAUGACUUCCACCAGCCAGCUGUUGGGUUUGGCUGAGAUGGGGCUAAAGUGCGACCAGGAGAUUGAGAGGAGAUAUGAAAUYGUUCCAUCGGUGGUCUGUUCCAUGUGCUGCCUCUUCGGGAUCAUCUACUGCUUCUUUGGCUAUCGAUGCUUCAAGGCCGUGUUGUUUCUCACAGGCCUGAUGUUUGGCUCUGUGGUCAUCUUCAUGCUGUGCUACAAGGAGAGGGUGAUGGACACUCAGCUGAGUGUGGAGGCAUCUGUGGGCAUCGGCCUCGGCAUCGGGACCCUGUGUGGCCUCGUGACCAUGUUGGUCCGCAGUGUGGGGCUGUUUAUGGUCGGCCUGUUGUUGGGCCUGCUGGUCGGAGUGGCAUCACUGGUGGUCAUGGAGGAGUUCUAUCACCCGAAAACAGUGUGGGUCCCUCUGGGUAUUCUGCUGGGCUCUGGAACCCUGUUUGCUGUCCUCACUCUCCAGUGGCAGCGCUGCUUGGUCACUUUCUCGACAGCAACAUUUGGCUCUGCUAUCAUCACUGUCACAGUGGAUUAUUUUAUUGAGCUGUUUGCCUUGGUGCACUACAUCUAUGACAGACUCAAGGUGGCACCAAAAAAGCCAGUGUGUUGGUUUACGUGGGUCAUCUUGGGGGUCUGGCCCAUCCUAAUGCUCCUUGGAGUGCUGAUCCAGUGGAAAGUCACUGCAGAGGGAUUUUCUCACACAGAAGUGGUUCUGAGUCGACAACAGAGGAGGGUCCAGCUCAUUCGGAUUCGACAAAGGGAAGAGAGGCUGAAAAAGGAGAAGGAGAACAAGAAGAAGAAGAAAAGACACGAGAACCAGAAGACCGCCCUCAAGCAGAAGGCCCACUCCCAUCACCACCACCAUCCACAGUACCACCACCCGACAGCGUCCCACCUCCAUCACCAAACCCAGAGCUCCCAGCCACCUAAAGUUCCUCCCCCUCCUUCUCAGACGGAACCUGGCUACCACCGGAAACCCAACCCUAAAAGACGAUUUGAUGGUGAUGUUCUGUCUCCGAGUUACAUCAGGAGUUUCAGAGACAGACAGUCAGAAAGACGGUCGUACUCCCACAGUCGAAUGAGCCGCUCUCGAAUGGCUCAACUGGACUACGACUGUGGCUCUCAAGUGCCUCUCACAGCUCCCAGCGGACCUGCAGUUCACAUCUGAGCCUGUGAUUUGCACAAAUCAAAACACAUACACAAUCAAAGUCUACUUCAGAAACUCUUAGUCGCCACAAGGGAUGUCUAACUUGACCUUGCCGUGCCAACCUAAUCAACCGUCUGAUAACCCAACAAGAGCUUACUGUGUUCUGGAGGUGGUAAGAUUUAUGGUGUUUCUCACCACACAAAACAAAAGUGAGAUUUCUUUGUUUUGUGCCCAUUUUUGCUUUUCAAGAAAGUCUAAAAAACAAAGGCUUCUGCUUUGAAGAAAUCAAGACAGUCAUUAUUUAAUACAUUAUUUGGCUCCCAAGUUAUUCUGCCCAGAAUCUUGGGGAAAUGGACCUGUUUUAUGUGUGAUUAAGUAAACUAUUUCAAUUUCAGUGGGACUGUUAUGGAAAAAAGGGGGAAAAAAACAACUCUGAACUCUACAGGAAACCUUUUCUGAUAAAAAAAGGCAUGUUUUUUUUCUUCAAAGAAUCAAGGUAAUGCUUUUUAAAAAAAUGUCGACAUCCUUACAUUUUUAAAAAGGCUUUUGAAGCAUGAAACACUUUGUUUCAAGGAUUCCGGGAAGGGUGCUUUUGGCUAAAUGUCGGAAGAGAAAAAAAUAGUUUACAGCAGAUACUGGAACUCUUUUUUUAAUUGAAAACCCUCUGUGUGAAUUAAAGUAUUUAUGAAACUGGCAUUACAUAUUUUAUGAGAACCUCCGAUAUGGUGGCACGAGUUUUGUGUGACCUCAAAAGUGGACCAGUUUUUGGUCAAACCAAAAGCUAUUUUGUUUUCUCACGUUAGUAUCUUUUCCUGCAUUGUUGCCAUUUUCMUGGAAUUUGUUUACAUCCCAUUAUUGCCGUUGUAUCCUUGUAUUCGUAUUUUUUUCCUUCUGUAAACCUAACAAGGAUACAUUGUUCUUCUUUUUCCCGAGUUGAAAAUAUUUAUAAGCAAUGUAAUACUUUGUAUUUCCAUGUUCCUCUAAGUGCUACCAAUUCCUUUAUCUGCCUGUUAUCCUGAAACAAUGUUCUUCUGGGGUUUGUUAAAGACAAAAAGCUGCUGAUUGAUGUCAUCGAAGAAUUUACCUGUUUGUGUGUGAGAGUGGACUUGAGCUCUAAGACUGACAGAUUGUAAAAAAAAAUUAACAAAAGUGAUGAGGAUCAUUUAAAAACAAGCAUGUGGUUCUUUACGUUUUAUUUUCUCAUUGUGCCGGAAAACACGUACAUCUUUCAUUUGGGUGACCUGUUAUGAAAUGAAGAGGAUGAAGGUAAAGUUUAUCUCCUUUGAAAAGAAGAAGGCGAGGAGAUGAAAGCGUUUGCAAAUGGCACCCUCUAAUGUUUACCGUUGGACCUGUCUUCUGGACCGUCUCCGUGUGCUUUUGUUUGCACUGGAAUUCACGUGUUACUGUCUUGCAUCGAUAUUUUUCUACCAACAUCCAAACAGGAAUCUGAACAGGAGGUGUUUUCUACACAAAAGGGCUGUUUGAGCAUUAACAAAACAGAGGUUUUUUUCAUUACCUUUAUGAAUGCUAACACUACUAAUGAAACAAUUUCCAUUGACGAAAACUGAAUAGAAAUUAUGAACAAUAAAUGCUAAUAUUACUAUAAAUUUCAAAUCUGAAUGAGGUUUGACCUAAAAAUAAUUUCAAAAGUCUUUACUUGAAUGCUUUUGUACCACUAAUCUGUAGCCACUCAGACUUAUCAGCAUUUGCAGGUUUUUAUGUCACAGCAGGACCAACUAUAGGUCAAACUCCAUUAAUGCAUGACAAUACUUCUAAAGUGUUUAUUGUGUUGUAUCAUUGUUGCCAGAUUUCCAGUUUGUUUGUCUAAAGGUAUCCGUUGUCAUCUAUUCCCUUUGCUUCUCCUCCACCUGUUUACACUGUCCUGUAAAGGCCUUGAAAAGGACGUGCAUUAAGUGAAGCCACUUUUGGUUCUGCUUUGUAUUACUCUGAUAAUAUUUCACUGCAAUUGUUGUAUACGUGUUGUUUUAUUUCUGCUUUUACCUCAGUCCUGUUUUGGAUGCUUCGUUUUUUGUGUGAGUGUGUGUUUUAUGUAGUGAACGUGUAACGUCAAGUCUGUCCUUUUUUUAAAAAAAUGUCAAAUUUUUAACAUCAGCUCCUGUUUUUCUUGUAUUUCAGGGGCAAAACUAAAAUUGCUUGUUUUCAUUUUCAUACUGUACACGUUGCAGUUGAAUUGUGUACAACAUGUUAGGGUAUUAGUUUUGUAGAUAUUGACCUGUAAAUAUUUUAACGUGCAAAUGUUUUCAUUUUUAUCUCUCAUAUUGUAUUUCAUUUCUGCAGCUGAUCAUUUUUAAAUAGAGUAGACCUGUCAUGCUGUGAUACUGCUGUAUGUAUUUAAUUUUGCCGGGUGGGAAUGCGCCACUUAUACAGAUGUUUGAACAUGCAAUGAUGAAAAUCAGCAGAAAAACUGAA